AUGUCCCAGUGCCUGGAGAUAAUGGUCUUGCUACACAAUAACUGUUCUGUAUGGGAACGAAUAAGAAACAAGGAAGAUUUGCACGUGCGUAAUCCUGGAGUUUACCUGGGAAGCUUGAACCUCCUUGCCAAGUCAAGGGAACGGAAUGCCAAGCCAGUCCAGCCAACCCCAGUCAUCCGCCAAGCCAUAUUGGCUUGGCGGGCCAUUGCACGUGGGAUGGAUGAGAGAUGGGGUGGAAUGACGUUCGUUCUGCUCGAGGCUGUUUCUGUAGCCACGUGA